AUGAAGAGCGGUCUCCUCUUUGCCGCAGCGGCCUUUGCCGGCCUGGCGAACUGCGGCGUCCACAAGCUGAAGCUCGAGAAGGUGCCUCUAUCCGCGCAGCUCGAGCAUGCCGAUAUUACCACACAUGCCAAGUCUCUUUACAAGAAGUAUUCUGGCCAAAAGUUCAUGGGUAUCCGACCCGAAGCACACAAAGAAGAGAUGUUCAAGGACACCUCAAUCCAUUUGGACCAAGACGACCACCCAGUACCUGUCUCAAAUUUCUUGAAUGCUCAAUACUUCUCUGAAAUCGUCAUCGGCACCCCACCGCAGACAUUCAAAGUAGUCCUGGACACUGGUUCCUCCAACCUCUGGGUCCCAUCAACUGAGUGUGGAUCCAUUGCUUGCUAUCUUCAUACCAAGUACGACUCAUCUGCAUCAUCAACGUACAAGAAGAAUGGUUCCGAGUUUGAGAUUCGAUAUGGUUCGGGCAGCUUAAGCGGCUUCAUUUCACAGGACACCCUCCAGAUUGGCGACAUCAAGAUCAAGAACCAGGACUUUGCUGAAGCUACUCAAGAACCUGGCCUUGCUUUUGCCUUCGGUCGCUUUGAUGGAAUCAUGGGUCUCGGCUAUGACACUAUCAGCGUUAACAAGAUCGUUCCACCCUUCUACAACAUGAUUGACCAAGGCCUUCUCGACGAGCCUGUUGUCUCCUUCUACCUCAGUAACACCAACAACGGUGAGGGCGACGAAUCUGAGGCCAUGUUUGGUGGCGUGAACAAGGAUCACUACACUGGCAAGAUGACCAAGAUUCCAUUGAGACGCAAGGCAUACUGGGAAGUCGACCUUGAUGCCAUCACUUUUGGCGAUGCAACGGCUGAGCUUGACAACACCGGUGUCAUCCUGGACACUGGAACCUCUCUGAUCGCUCUUCCAUCCACCCUGGCUGAGCUUCUCAACAAGGAGAUCGGUGCAAAGAAGGGCUACAAUGGUCAAUACACUGUCGAGUGCUCGAAGAGGGACGAGCUCCCCGAUAUGUCAUUCACUCUCACCGGUCAGAACUUCACGAUCGGUCCGUAUGAUUACAUCCUCGAAGUUCAAGGUUCCUGCAUCUCGUCUUUCUUCGGCAUGGACUUCCCCGAGCCCGUUGGCCCAUUGGCAAUCCUUGGUGACGCCUUUCUGAGGAAAUGGUAUUCCGUGUACGAUCUUGGCAGCAACAGCGUUGGUCUCGCUCUGGCCACGCAGUAA